AAAGACUCCAACGAUCCUUGGUUCCCGUAUCGCCUAGCAUCACUUACUCAUCAACAAAAAGUUUAUCAGAAAUGGCGGUGAGCUGCGUAAGAACAUCUUCAGAACAAGAACACACACCAAAACUAGGCCUUGGUAAUAGUCAGUCACCACUAAUCUUCAACCCUUCAAUGCUUAACCUCCAACCCAAUAUCCCAGACCAAUUUAUUUGGCCUGACCAUGAGAAACCUUGCACCGAAGCUCCCGAGCUUGAAGUUCCCCUCAUCGAUCUCAAAGACUUCCUCUCCAAUUCCUCUUCUCCCUCUGCCACUUUAGAAGCUUCCAGGCUCAUCUCCGAGGCAUGUAGCAAGCACGGCUUCUUCCUCGUGGUCAAUCACGGCAUCAGCGAGGAGCUUAUAUCAGAUGCUCAUGAAUACAUGGCCCGCUUCUUCGAUAUGCCUCUCUCUGAGAAACAGAGGGUUCAGCGAAAACCCGGUGAGAGUUGUGGCUACGCCAGCAGUUUCACCGGUCGCUUCUCCACCAAGCUUCCAUGGAAGGAAACCCUUUCUUUCCGGUUUUGCGACGACAAGAACAGCCCAAACACUGUUCAAGAUUACUUCUGCCAUGCGUUGGGACAUGAGUUUGAGCCACUAGGGAAGGUGUAUCAAGAGUACUGUGAGGCAAUGAGUUUCUUGUCACUGAAGAUCAUGGAGCUUCUGGGGCUAAGUUUAGGCGUAUCACGAGACUACUUUAGAGUGUUUUUCGAAGAAAAUGAUUCGAUUAUGAGACUGAACUACUACCCUCCAUGUCAAAAACCAGAUCUUACAUUAGGAACAGGACCUCAUUGUGAUCCAACUUCUCUCACCAUCCUUCACCAAGACCAUGUUAAUGGUCUUCAAGUCCUUGUCGAAAAUCAAUGGCGUUCCAUUAGUCCCAACCCCAAGGCCUUUGUGGUCAAUAUCGGUGACACUUUCAUGGCUCUAUCGAACAAUAGAUACAAGAGCUGCUUGCACCGGGCGGUGGUAAACAGCCGGAGCGAGAGGAAAUCACUUGCGUUCUUCUUGUGUCCGAAAAAAGACAGAGUAGUGAAGCCACCAAGAGAGCUUUUGAACAGCAUCACACGAAGGAGAUACCCUGACUUCACUUGGUCUAUGUUGCUUGAGUUCACCCAGAAACACUAUAGAGCAGACAUGAACACUCUCCAGGCCUUCUCAGAUUGGCUCACCGACAAGCCCAUCUAAUAAAUAAAAUAAUUUCUGUCUUUGUCUUGUUAAUUACUAUGUUCUUUAUAUUUCAUGUAUAUGAUAAGAGAUCAAUAACACGCUUAGCAUUUCAUUUA